UAUACAAUGGAGAAGCUUUUUGUAUUGUUUUUGCUGGUGGCUAUUGCGGCGGCGCGCGGCGUUCCUGGUGGAGAUCAAGCGGAGUUCGUGGAGGCCGUUGAAGUGAAGGCGGUGGAGCUGCCGAGGAAUGCUGGCCGUGGUGAUAAUGUUCGUGAUGAGAAGAAUUUUAUCUACGGCGGAGUUGGCGGCUUCGCUGGCAUGGGCGGAUACGCAGGGUUGGGAGGCUUUCCCAUGCUAGGGGGUUCUGCCGGGAUAGGAAAAUUUGGUGGAAUUGGUGGGGUCGCCGGAAUUGGUAGCUUGGGAGACCCCGGCGGUCUGGGAGGUGGUGCCGGCGCCGGAGGAGCUAGCGGGAUUGGCGGUUUAGCCGGGCAUGGACUUGGCGGAGCAGGCGGAAUAGGUGGUCUAGCUGGGCACGGACUUGGUGGGGCUGGGGGUAUCGGAACCGGCAGUGGCAUCGGGGGCAUUGGAGGAUCCAACGGUGGUAUCGGAGGAGAUGGGGGAGCUGGCGGUGGUCCGCCAGUCAGUGGCUCUAUUCGCCCAUAAGGUCUUGAAAAAGAAAAUGAAUAGUAAUGUGUUAAUUAUUGGUGCUUUUUGUGGUGCUGAAGCUCGUGUAGGGAUUUUUGUUUUUGUGUGUUUCUAAAUUAUGCAUGCAUGCAUGCACGUACUAUGCUCCCGUCUUUAUUAAAUAAAUAUUAGUUUCCUUUUUCUUAAUACAAGAAUUUUAAAUUCGAGUUUCCACGUUGAAUUGUGAAUUUUAAAUUCUAAGAAAACUUUGAAGUA